GCUCACCUGAAGGGUUAAAGAAUCCCUUUCUCCGAUUGCCUUUGAUAUUACCCCGCCGAUUCGGUUCAGUUUGAUUUUCUUUUUGGAAAGAAGAUCCGAGGAGAUCGAAGAUGUUUGGGAGGGCACCGAGGAAGACUGAGAACAACACCAAGUACUAUGAAGUUCUUGGAGUUCCGCAGAGUGCUUCGCAAGAUGAUCUCAAGAAGGCCUACCGUAAAGCCGCCAUAAAGAAUCACCCCGACAAAGGUGGAGAUCCGGAAAAGUUUAAGGAGAUCUCUCAGGCUUAUGAGGUUUUGAGUGACCCAGAGAAGCGGGAGAUUUAUGAUCAGUAUGGAGAAGAAGCUCUUAAGGAAGGAAUGGGUGGUGGUGGGGGUGGUCAUGACCCAUUUGACAUUUUCCAGUCAUUCUUUGGAGGUGGAGGCGGUCCUUUUGGUGGUGGUAGCAGCAGCAGAGCCCGUAGGCAAAGAAGGGGCGAGGAUGUUGUUCAUUCUCUCAAAGUUUCUUUGGAAGACCUUUACAAUGGGACAUCAAAGAAGCUCUCUCUUUCUCGUAAUGUUCUAUGUACCAAGUGCAAGGGGAAAGGAUCUAAAUCAGGUGCUUCUUUGAAAUGUUCUGGCUGUCAAGGGUCUGGAAUGAAGAUUUCUAUCCGGCACCUUGGCCCAUCUAUGAUUCAGCAGAUGCAGCACAAAUGCAAUGAUUGUAAUGGUACUGGUGAGACGAUUAACGACAAAGACAGGUGCCCUCAAUGUAAGGGUGAGAAGGUUUCACAGGAGAAGAAGGUGUUGGAAGUUUUUGUGGAGAAGGGAAUGCAAAAUGGUCAGAAGAUUACUUUCCCCGGAGAGGCCGAUGAAGCCCCUGAUACUCUCACUGGAGACAUAGUGUUUGUCCUUCAACAAAAGGAGCACCCGAAUUUCAAGCGCAAGGGAGAUGACCUCUUUGUAGAGCACACAUUGUCCCUAACUGAGGCCCUAUGUGGCUUCCAAUUUAUCUUGACACACCUUGAUAAUAGGCAGCUCCUCAUCAAGUCACAGCCUGGUGAAGUUGUUAAGCCAAAUCAAUUCAAGGCAAUAAAUGACGAAGGAAUGCCGAUGUACCAGAGACCAUUCAUAAAGGGGAAGCUCUACAUUCAUUUCACUGUUGAUUUUCCCGAGUCGCUGUCCCCCGAUCAGUGCAAGGCUCUCGAGGCUGUGCUUCCCCCAAAGCCUUCGAAGCAAAUCAGCGACAUGGAAUUGGAUGAAUGUGAGGAGACCACUCUGCAUGAUGUUAACAUUGAAGAUGAGAUGCGCCGGAAACAGCAGCAAGCAGCACAAGAGGCGUACGAGGAAGAUGAUGACAUGUACGGCGGCGGCGGCGGUCCUCAGAGGGUUCAGUGUGCCCAGCAGUGAGUUUUUCUAUUGACAAAGUAUUUGUUUUUUUUUUAUAUAAAAGUUCGUAAGGGCUCUUCUGUUUUAAUUAAUGGUGGAUGCCUGGAAAGUUGUCUUAUUUCAUUUAAUCAAGCUGGGAAAAUUUUCCCCUGUAGUGUGAACUCAUUGUUGUAAGUCACAUAUAUUGGUCACGAAUAUUUUAUUUUCUUUCCCGCAUUUGAUUUGGUGGUUGAAUGCCACAAUGACAAUAUAACAUGUUUGUUCAUGCAAGUUUAUGUCUAGGGUAUAUUCAUUUUGUUUAAGGUAAAUCACCAUCUCUGUCGCCUACCGAUUCUUGAACAUCGUGUUUUGUCAUUUUC